CUUCUGUAAUCUAAAAUGGAUAAAAUUUGUUAUUUUAUACCUUGCAGCACAGAGAUCGGCAGUCCAACCUGUACUAAACUGUCUAAUAAAAUUCCUCCCAUUGUUUAUAACCAUCUCUUUCAUGAAAGUUUAUUUCAUUCACUUGCAACAUUUACUGACAUCGCAUUGCAGUACAUUUGGAUAACAGAAGGAGGAAGGAUGGCUGUACUUAUAAUCACUUUGAUAAUAGCUACAAUGUUUGGAGUGAAUGCUGAUGAAUAUCGGCCAACAUCCGAGGCGGUCAGGUCGGUUAAAGUAGACGAUCCUGAUGGAACGAACACGAAGCAUAGUAAUUCCAAUCCUCCUAUCUCGAACACAGAGAGAGUGCUAAGACCACUGGAUUCUGAGUCAAGAGACCUUUUACAGAAAUUUGACGAUUUUCUCUUCAGCAACUUAGAAAACCUAUACUAUCGCUUCAGUAAUGCUUUUCAAGACGCCACGAAGCGAGCAUUAAAAAAAUGUGGCUGUGAUGUUGGUGCUCCCAUUGCCAGCCGUUCAACUCAAUAACCGGAAGUGACUGUGACGUCCGUUGAGCACAGAAUCUUUAUAAACAGAAGAACGUCUUAUGAGUUGAUAUUUCUUUCGCUUGGCAUGCUAAUAAUCUAUGUGUACACUAUAAAAUUAAACACAUUUGCAAGAAGAAAAUACA